AUGGAUCUUGGAGAGCAGUGGGGAGGAGGAGGAGGCUCCCGGCGGCUGAGAACUGCGUACACCAACACGCAGCUGCUGGAGCUGGAGAAGGGUUCCACUUCACAAGUAUCUGUGCCGGCGAGGAGGGUGGAGAUAGGCGGCCUGCUGGACCUGACCGAGAGGCAGGUCAAAGUGUGGUUCCAGAACCGGCGCAUGAAGCACAAGCGCCAGACGCAGAGCAAGGAGAACCACAACGGGGACGGGAAAGGGCCGGGGCGCCGAGGACGGCAUCCACAGCAGGACGAGGAGGACGAGGGGCCUGUGUACGAGCAGAGCGGGGCCCUGCUGGAGAGAGAUACUGCUCCUUUCAGAACAACGCGCAGCAGCAGCUCCACAUGGAGAGUCCAUGCAGCUUUGGCUGCUGCGCCGCUGAACAGCAAUGAAAAUCUGAAACAUUUUCCCACCCGUCCCCACUGUUCCGGGCUGCAUGUCAACAAUGGGCCCCGGCUCGGCAUCUGGCCGGACAAUGAGUAG